AUGUUGGCAGUGGUGUACGCGUCGUUUUGGCAGAUAGAAAAAGACAAGUUCAGAAACUUGCUUCUCCACAAAAGGAAAGCUUGUCAAAGAGCCUUCAGGCUCUUGGUUUCGAAGAAAAAUCCCGAUCAUAUCACAUUUAAGCAUUUCGAAGGACUGCUGAAGUACUUCAAGCCGAACAUGAGUAAGUACUGCAGAGGAUUAUUAUCUUGUGCUUUGUGGGUACCCCGAAUCAUAUUGGAUCCACGUAUGUUGGAGAGAUACCUGGUCUUCAAGGCACAGACUCACCAGCAGUGUUCUUUGGGGGUGUCUACGUGCUUGACUCCGAUCCCUAGCAGAGAACCUGGAUUGCUGACGUUGGAUAAGUUCUAUUCUAUCUACAACCUCUCUGCGUUCGAGUGGAAACCUAAGCAGGAACCACUUCCUUGGUACAGUAACCUGAGGAAGCCGUUGCCGUUCAUCUUUCAGCUGAACACAAAGUUUGUGCAAUGGAAGGGUUUCCGGGGUGCUGUUUAUGGGAUAAUUUUUGCGAACGGUGCUGUCAUGAUUAUGAGGGCCAUUGAGAUAUCGAAUGACCCUCAAAUCCAAGGAAAGGAUUUGAAAGGAACUUGGGAUAUCUACGUGUUUGUGGGAUUGUACGCGCUGGAGGCUGUUCUGAAGUUGCUAGGACUCGGGGUUACGGGGUAUUUUAGAUCGGGCUGGAACACGUAUGACUUUGCUGUAACAGUGUCAGCCAUUCUUGGUGCUUGUGCAGAAGCAUUCCUGGAUGCCCCGUUUGUCUUCGUACUCAUUCUGAGACCGAUGCGGCUGCUGCGACUAUUCAAGCUCAAGCGUCGGUACCGGGAUGUCUUCUCGGCUCUUGUAAUAGUGUUGCCGAGGAUGGCCUCUGCAGCCAUAGUGCUCCUGAUAGUGUAUUACUUUUUUGCUGUGGCAGGCAUGGAAUUGUUCAGCGAGAUUGAUCUGAGAAACUGCUGCAAGAACACGUCCGUCCAAGACUAUUUCGUGUAUAAUGCCAACACCACGGGUAUUCCGUUUUCUGGAGAUUAUUUCUUGAACAAUUUUGAGGACCUGUUCAGAAGUGGAGUGACGCUUUUUGAGCUCACUGUAGUGAAUAAUUGGUUUGUGAUCAUGAUCGGGUUCACCGUUGCUACGGGAAGUGAAUGGACGCGGUUGUACUUCAUGUCCUUCUACGUUGUGACGCUGAUCGUGCUCACCAUCAUCGUGUCAGUUAUUCUGGAGGCAUUUUUGUUCAGGAUUCAAUACGAGAAGAAGGUCAGGGCUGCCGAGGUCUCCAGGCACAAUCCUCAACCAAUACUCAAAGAUGAGGACUUUUUAUCCGUGGAAGUGUCCGUGUGGCCGGAAGAGCUGCAGCAAGUGUGUCUCCCGGACAAUGCCAGCGGAGACCCCCUGGUGUUCGUGGGCCGCAGGAAGCGCACGAAGGCUGUCCUGCAGACCAGCAUGUACAGGGAAGAGAUCAAAGACUGGCUUCUGGACGCCGAGGAACAAGAGGCUGAGCAAACAAGGAUCUGAUUCUAAUCUGAAACUCUGGUGCUUGAAGGGAAUAAAAGCAAAGAAGCCUUUGUUACAAAUCCUGCUGGUUUUUUGGCGCUGAUGAUAAUCUCUUGAGUGACGGGAAUGCGGAGAUUCGCAUCUGGGCUGGCGGUUGUUUGCAAAACAAGUCAUCGAUUAUCAAUUAUCGUUAUGUUGGCAGCUUUUGCGGCUUCCCACGCUGCCAUCUGGGUGGAAAAAUACGGAAUUAAUUGGGGCAAUAAACUUGUUUGCUGUGUCUGCCCGGGGACUUGUUUUUUCCCCGGCGGAAUUGUGUCAAAGAAGCCUCCAGGAACUGACUUAUUCAGGCAGGAAAAUGCGUUUAUGCGCGAGCCCCACUGAUUUGACGAGGACAUUUUUUCAAUUCCUGUAGCCCAAGAAUUUCCUUCCGGG